AUGGACCAGCUACUAACAGAUCCAACUGUAGGGAAAUUCUUGAGUGCUCUGGACCGCGAUUUCCGAUCGGCCUCGUGGGCCUCUGAUGAGGCAGCGGAUCUCGCGCUUUUUGCUGUGCUGGUGGUGCAAAAACGUGCUGUUGAAGUCUGCACGCAGCUGUGGCAUGAGCGCCUUCCAAAUCAUUACUUCGCUGCUAUGCAAGCUUUACGCAGAAGACUCAGCACUCUCGAACGCCCACUUCGACAAGUGUGCCCAGAUGACUCAUGUAUGGAGACAAUGAACUGCAACACGCUGGCUUUGCUUUUGGCUCCGGACUGUUUGUUUGCGGCUUCCGACUCGAAGCGAGCAAGGCUACAUGAACGAGUCAUUGACGCAGUCGUGCAGCUGGAGGUUUUAAAUGAAGGCGACUGCUUGAAGCUGACGCUGCGCGAACUGGAUCCGCAGGGCCCAGGGCCGGAGGAUGUCCACACUGGAGUGGCCUCUGGUCGAUCAACGAGUAGAUGA